AAGGUCGUUAGGUUUACUCUCUUUAAUAGUCUUAAGAAUAUUUUCCAUGGAAACACACGAAUUGAAGCUAUGUCGUUUUAAUUUAUUUUCGUAUUGGAAUCGAAAAUGAGUGUAAAGCAGAAAAACAUUAAUGAAAACGACCGCAAGGAAGAAAAUGGAAAGACACAAGAAGUUGACUAUGAUGAAUUCCUUUCGGCAGCUGGUGAAAUCGGCAAAUACCAAGUGUUCCUGUUCUUUGCAACAUUCCCGUUUUACGUUUUCGGUGCUUUCUCCUACUUCUCACAAGUAUUCCUGACGGAAACCACACCAAACCACUGGUGUUUGAUCCCAGAUCUGCAAAAUCUGUCGAUCAUAGAAAGAAGAAGUUUGGCAAUACCAUCAGAGAAUGGUUCCUCAUUUGGAUACUCACGCUGUCAGCAGUAUGAAGCCAAUUGGAGCGAAGUUUUAUCUACAGGAAUAACACCAAAUGCGUCAUGGAACAAAGUGCCUUGUCAGAAUGGUUGGGAAUUCAACAAAACAGAAUUCGCCUAUCCUACGAUCGGGAUGGAAAUGGGAUGGGUAUGCGAAAACGACAGUAACCAAGCAACGGCACAAUCGUUUUUCUUUGUUGGCUCUAUCGUUGGAGGUUUUCUCAUCGGAUGGGUUGCUGAUCGCUUUGGAAGAAUACCAGCAGCUGUUUGCAGCAACAUGAUUGGAGCCAUCGCUGGCACAGCUAGUAUAUUCGUCAACAAUUUCAUAGAAUUUACCAUCUGCCGCUUUUUCAUGGGUAUGUCAUACGAUAAUUGUAUGAUGAUGACUUACCUCCUAGUAUUGGAAUACAGUGCUCCUAAAUACAGAACCAGAAUCACUAAUUUGUCAUUUGCGGCUUUCUUCACUACUGGAGCUGUUGUGUUGCCAUGGAUUUCGCUGGCUUGUGGAUAUUGGAAAAUCGUUGCACUCGCCACGAGUGUACCGAUGGUACUGUCUCUAUUGGCUCCAUUCAUUAUACCUGAAAGUCCGAGGUGGCUAUUGAGUAAAGGAAGAAUUGACGAUGCAGUGGAAAAGGUGUUGAAUAUAGCUCGUGUCAAUAAAAAAGUGAUUCCCGAAAUUUUAAUUGAUAAUUUCAAGCAAACAACAUUAAACACUCCUAAAACGACUAAUAAUGUGUUCGAUCUAUUAAAAAGACCGUUAUUGAGAAGAGUUUUUAUCUGUGUAUGUUUAGAAUAUACAUUUUGUAUGCUAAUAUUUGAUGCCCUCAUCAGGACUAUAGGUCAGCUGCAGUUUGAUUUUUACGUGUCCUUUUCUGUGAUAUCUUUAACUGAAUUCCCUUCACUGGUUAUUUUGUCGUUUGUACUGGACUACACAGGUAGAAAGCCAAUGAUGAUUACUGUGUUAACGUUAUGUGCUAUUUUCAGUUUCUUGAUACCGUUUGUCAGUGGAGGUUUAACUUCAAUGUUGUGUGCUGUUGUAGCCAGAUUCAUGGUAAACAUGGCUUGUAAUACAGUGAUGCAGUGGGCAGCAGAAGUAUUACCUACUUCGGUCAGAGGUUCUGGUACGUCGAUUGCACAUAUUUGUGGAUACAUUGCUACUGUUAUAUCACCGUUUGUUGCAUAUCUUGAGGUCUACAAGUCUUGGCUACCAAUGGUUAUUGUUGGUAGUAUAGGUGCGGCUGGUGCUUUGCUUAGUAUAACGCUCCCUGAAACGGCUAAAAGAGAUAUGCCACAAACGUUCGAUGAUGCUGAAGAGUUGAUCCGAAGCCAAGGAUUCUUCGACAUGCUGCGUUCUAAAAAACAAGUUGUUGAUAUCAAUAAACAUGCCCAUGUGAAUGAGAGCUUUGAAUUGAAUUAGUUACAUGAUUCAUUUAUAUUGCAUAAUGUGAUAUUGUUUAAUACCUAAUUACCUUUACAUUUUUAUGCGAGCGAUUUUUUCUGCCUUUGUUAGUUUAUAGUUAGUCAUUACGUAUUUAUGUAGUAUGCGAAUUGUUACAGUUGUUGUUGUCUUCCAUGCGACCUAGUCUGAAUCAUUAAAUUUUUUAAAUUGUUA